UGACAAACAUGCACGGUAAAAAAAUGAAACAAUAGAUAAAAAAAAUAAAAAAUAAAAUGAAGAGAUUACUAUAUUUACGAAGUACAUAUACAUCAAUAAAUAAUUAAAUAUCAUUCUCAUAAAUGUCACUUUCAGGACCAAUAUUUUUUGAACUCAAUUUCCCAUAGGAAAAAUACCGCCUUUUAGUAGCUGGACAAUAGUUAAAAGGAGGAGAAUUCUCAUAACAAAAAACAUACACUACAUUUUCUCUCAUUUUUCUACUUCAAGUCAUUUCUCACAUACAAAGAAACUAACACAAAAACAAAGUAAAUUGAACCCAAUACAUGGAAGGCUCCCCUCUAGGCACCCAACACCCUAAAGAGCAAGAGUUCAAUCUAAGAGAAUGGCACCUUCGAGCUCGAAUUAGUCGAGAAAACACGAGCUCGAGGAGGUAUUCCGCCUCUUAUAUUAGAAGUUUUAGAGAGGAGUCGAGGACAUCGUUCAAGUCCAAUUUUACCGUCUCUAGCACUGCCUCCUCCCCCGGCUACAAUUUGAAAGAUGAAAUUGACCCUUCAACAUACUCGUUCACCACGGCUCUCAAAGCGUUACAAGCAAAAUCAGGGUAUGUAUGGGAAUGUUUAUCACCAGAAGGGUUUGCAUUAAACUCAAAAUGGAAUGAUGCAGAGAGGUUUAUAUGUAAUCCUUUAUCAGGAGAAGUUCCAAUGGAGUGUUUAUCAGCUAAAACAUUAAGCGCGCGGUCGUUUCGAAGCAACAUGGCUAGUAGAGUCACCAUGUCUGCACCCCUUGUUUAUUCUAUGCAACCAAGAAGAACAACAAACAACAACAACCACCCUUCUAAGCCACCUCCUGUGAUUAAAGAACAACUUAUUAAAAUUCCAUCUCUUAAACAAGAAGAGAAGAAUUUAAUGGGAAGUAGAACAAGGGAUGUUGGAACACAAAGUACACCUCCAGAGGGGAGUUCAAGUAGUCCAAGUCCAACAUCAACUCCUUCAAUUAAAGAUAGAAAGAUGAAGCAUUCUGAAGAGACUGAAGAUGGAGAUCAAGAUACUCAGAAUUCAAGCUCUAGCAUUAAUAAGUUGAAUACCGCGGAAGAGUGCACGAUGCAGGUGGAAGUGAAAGUAACAAGAGAGGGAGAAGAAACAAAAAGAAGAACAAAAGAAAGCGGGCAAUUAAAGAAUAAAAAUUCAAAAAAGAAUGAAAAAGGGCAAAAAUUCUGCUAUUACUGCUGCCCUUUUAAUGGAUGUUUACAAUUUUCAUCAUCAUGGAGCUGCUUUUGGAUCAAUAAUAAGAGAAGAGAGAGACAAAUUCAAGCCUCGAUUAAUUAAUUUCUUUAUAUUUGAAUAUAUAAAUCAUGUCUUAUUUUGUGGUAAGACCAAAUCUAGCUCGAGUUCGAGCUACAUUGUAUAUUAUUACGUAUUCAAAUGAAUCCACUUGGUUACUUGUAAUGA